AUGACAACAUCAGUACAGACAGUGGAGAUGAUACAGAUGACGAUGAUGAUGAACCGCUCACUCACACCCAGUUGUUCGAAUCUCAAUUUUGUCAGGUGGAAUGUGCAUAUUUCUAUUAUAGGCUUUCAGUUAGCCAAGUGUGUGCCUACCUGCAAAAUAAAAUACCCACUAUCUCUACUCAAGGUUGAUGGAGAAGUGUUACUACAGCUGACUGCUUGUGAUGACUAUUUGAAAGAAAUAGCUUCACUGAUAGGUGAUCGUUUGAAGAUAAAGAGAGUGGAUAACUCUAAUGUAAGUUAUUUUAGUGUGGACAAGCAGCUAAGUUCUAUUUUAAUAGCUCCUGUCGAGUACUUCUUCAGAUACAAGAAUAGUGAGGUUUUAUGUAGUGAGGUUUUAUGUUUUUGCUCACUUAUUUCAGGUUUUCUAUAUUACACAGAUGAGUUUUGUUUAAUCACGGGAGCUACAAUCACGGGAGCUACUCAAACUCGCUUCAAGCAGAAGUGGCAGGAGUAUGAAACGCUGCUGUUUAAGUUAUUGGGAGGCUCCGAGAGUGAAUCUGAAGGUAUACUUGAUUUUAUACAUGUUGAUGGUGUUGUGUAUGUGUGUAUCUGCAUGUAUUGUAACGCGCAAGAUCUGUGUUUGUACCCAUGUACAGACCAAUGUACAUCAUAUGCUCUGCGUCUCUUGAGUGUUAGCCUUGCUAGACGUGGGAAACAACAAUCAGUGUUACAAUUCGAGGUUAUAAUUAUGCCAGUAUGUAUAGUAUUCGUAUUUACUUCCUUUUACUUCCUUGUACAUGUACAAUGUGAUACUGGUUUCACAAUAAGCAGUGUUUAACAGGUUCAUUUUAUAUAUAAGGAGAAGCAAUCGAUGAAUCACUACAAGUUAAGGCCCCCUGCGUGGUGGGAUUUGGGAAACUGCCCAACCGACAUGCACGUUGUGGUUGAGGACAAUGUGUUUGUCAUGCCUUCAAUGUCAGCUUCAAUGUCAGUUGCUCUUCACUUUUGCUUUGCUAUGUAUUAUGUGUGUAAUAUAUCUUUCCCCUUCGUGACGUUUUAUUAUUUUUAUUUAUUUGAACAGUCUGUGUCGAAGUUACCUUUGUCCGUCCUCGUCCUUUACCUUUACCUUUACCAUAAUUUGCACAUGUGACAUGUCAUUCAAAAUGUUUGUCAAGAGUUUAACAUUUUAAAAUUACAUGAAAUGUG